CUCACCCUCCCAAAAAACCACAAAGAAAACUGCGGGUGAUACCUUCAGUACUUUAACUGAAAAAAAAAAAUGGCGUUUUACGUGGACGAAGAAGAGGUCUGGAAAUGUCCAAAGCAUCCAUCGAAACGUCGCCGUAGUGGAAUCUGUCCGUUUUGCCUCCGAGACAAGCUCGCUUCUCUCUGUCCCGACUGCGCCCACUCCCGUCCUUGCGCGUGUAGUGCCACCUCUUCCUCUUCUUCCUCAUCUUCUUCUUUCUAUCGUUUCUCGAUUCCUGCUGCCGAUGAUAACUCCGGUACCGGAAGUUUCGGACGCUGUUCUAAUCUUACCGGAAGAGAACCUACGUUCCCACGAUCGAGAUCCCUAGCGGUUCGUUUCCUCUUAUCGAAACCUGAGCGUUUAAGCGAAAAGAACGAGUCGGCGAGUGGUAAGUGCAAGACGCCGUCAUUUUGGUCGAUGUUUAAAGCCAGCAAUAAGAGCAAGCGAUACGAGAGUGAAGAUUGUCGAAGAGAAGAAGAGAAAGCGAGAAUAGCAGAGGAAGAACGGAUGAGGAUGAUGAGGAAGUCGAGGUCUGUUUUGGUGACGUCACAUUCCGGUAUCGGAAUAUCGAAAUUAUCGCCGUCUACGAAAGCAAAGAGCUGGUAUUUCCCGAGUCCGAUGAAGGUCUUCAGGCAAACAAGGGGAUUGGUUUUCCAAGAACGCUCUCCUUUGUAUCGAGGGUGAUUGUUUCUAUUAGUUAUUUUUAUUCUUAAAUCAUUUGUAUAAUAAUAACUAAAUAUAUUUUUUAAGAUUAACUACAGAAUGAACAAAAAUAUGAUUUUUUUUUUUAGAUAUUAAACAUUUUGGAAUUUGAGGUUCUUGUUAUUGAUUGAAUAGGAUGUUUGAUAUGAGUAAGAAUUUCUAUUUUCUUUUUGUGUUUUAA